GUUACUUUAUUGUUCUCUCUCUCUCUCUCUCUCUCUCUCUCUCUAGUUGUUAACUCAGAAUUAGAGGACAGAAGAAGAAGAAGGAAGGCAAGCUAUCAACAACCAUUCCAAUCCAAGGUCGGGGUUUCAAUGGAAGUUGGCCGGAAAAUGUCCAACUUGCUUGGUGAAGAGCGAAAUGGCUGUUAUAGCCUGAAUCUGAAAGAGACUGAGCUCUGCCUUGGUUUGCCAGGUGGUGGUGGUGGUGGUGGUGAGACGGUGAAGAUCACCGGAAAGAGAGGGUUUUCUGAGACUGUUGAUCUGAAACUCAACCUCCAACGCAAUGAAUCAGCUGUGGAUCUGAAGGAGAAGAUGAACACCCCAUCCAAUGAGAAGAAAGACCCUGCAAAGCCACCUGCCAAGGCACAGGUUGUGGGUUGGCCACCAGUUAGGUCAUACCGAAAGAACAUAAUGACUCAGAAGACUACCACCGAGGAGGCUGAGAAGGCUAGCAGCAGCGGCGGUGUGGCGUUUGUGAAGGUGUGUAUGGAUGGGGCUCCUUACCUUCGUAAGGUGGACCUGAAGAUGUACAAGAGCUACCAACAACUCUCUGAUGCCUUGGCCAAGAUGUUCAGUUCCUUCACCAUGGGUAACUAUGGGACCCAAGGAAUGAUAGACUUUAUGAAUGAGAGUAAGUUGAUGGAUUUGUUGAACAGUUCUGAGUAUGUUCCAACCUAUGAAGAUAAGGAUGGAGACUGGAUGCUCGUGGGAGAUGUCCCAUGGGAGAUGUUUGUCGAUUCAUGCAAGCGCCUGCGCAUAAUGAAAGGAUCAGAAGCAAUUGGACUUGCACCAAGAGCCAUGGAGAAAUGCAAGAGCAGGAUCUGAGCAGUACGACAAUUGCCUGCUCUUUCGGUCUGUCAUUCGUGUGAAGAAUGAAACAAAACACUUGCACGGCACAGAUCGAUCGAGCAAGGUCCUGUUUGGAUGUGUCUGUAUUUUAAUUUGAUAGUAUAUAGAUAUAUAUAUCAAAGAUCUGGAACAUUUGUAAUGGACAAGAAGCUAGCAAUAAACUUGUAGACGUAUUGUCUGCUUAGUUUAUUGUUAAUGUCUUGCAUAAUAAUCUUCUUUUUGUUGACGUUGUUUGUUGUUGUCAUUGCUGUCAAAGUUGUUGUGUGUGUGUUUUUUUAUUCCUUCAAUUUUAAUGCUACUUAUUUAAUUUUUCUCCUCUA